UGGAGCUCGGCGAGGAGCUGAAGCAGACCCGCAGCACGCUCAGCAUCACUUACACACGCCCUCUCUACGGACUGUACGGUCAACAAUCAUCCGCCUGUUUGUCCCGAUCACCUGCACCAGGGAUACAGUUUGAAAUUAAAAAUGAAAUCUACAGAAGUGGAUCCGGGGUUAUUCACUGACAGCUACUGCAAAGUGUGCAGCGCUCAGCUUAUCUCUGAGUCACAGAGAGUCGCCCACUAUGAAAGUCGAAAGCAUGCAAACAAAGUGCGUCUGUAUUACAUGUUACACCCGAUGGAUGGUGGAUGCCCUGCAAAGAAGCUCCGAACAGACAAUGGCAGUGCGGAGGGAGACGUGGACAAGAACAAGUGCUGCACGCUGUGCAAUAUGUCGUUCACUUCGGCGGUGGUGGCCCAGUCGCACUACCAGGGCAAGAUCCACGCCAAGAGACUGAGACUACUGCUGGGGGAGCCACCUGCCAUCACAUCUAAAGUCUGCUAUGCCCUCUUUACAGAGGCGACAGCCAAUUCGGAGCAUAUGGUGACUGAAGACUCGCCGGGAAGUCUUUCCAUACAUGGCAGACUCUCACACCGUUACUGCCAAAUGUGUAAGGCCUGGUUCAACAACCCCGGCAUGGCCAGACAGCACUACGAUGGCAAGAAGCACAAAAAAAACGCAGCCCAAGCUAACCUCCUCGCGCAGCUGGGUGAACGUCUGGAGGACGGAGAUGAUCUAAACGGCCUGAAGCGGAGUCACACAUGCGAGGUCUGCAGUGUUACGCUCAACUCCGUGGCACAAUACCACGCACAUCUGCAUGGCUCCAAACACCAGAACAACUUGAAGAACAAAUGAAGUUUGACGGAGCUCCUCUAUUUCAUCACUGCUCUUGAAACGUUUCGAGGAUCUGUCCGUGGAAGUCAAGGCCAUUUUAAGACGCCACAUGACAGUGAUAUCAGUUCAUAUUCUCUUGAUCUACUGUGUUUAUGACAGCGAUAUGGGGACACUACAAGAGCAGACAGAGACCCGAACAGCGAUAAUGGAUAACGGACAAGUGCGUUUGGCUAAAUUUGUACAUAAAAGGUGGAAAAAAACAUGCACAUCCCGAACAAUUUAAUGUACAUAUUUAAGGCAUGUCAAACGGACACACUUAUAGCUUUAUUUUAAUGUGGUGUAAUUGUAAUGGUAAUUCAUAUUUAAAUGCAUUUUUAAUUUAUGCGUGUAAGAAAUGAACAUUUUGUAUUAAAAUGAAAAAGUCAUUGGUAUGCUGUAGCUCUCUGUAGUCCACUAAAGAGGUUUUGGAGUUUUAUUUUGGGAGUCUGGGAUGAUUGCUCUCGGAUGACGUUAACUUGUCAACGUUUUGAAGUUGAAUUUAAUCAGCACACUAGUAAAAAUAAUGAACUGAAGGACGAUAAUUGUUUUUAAUCCACCUUUCUUUUAAAAAACGCCAUUGCUUCAGCAAGACUUUCCAGUGACUUGUCAGUCGAAAUAUUCAGCAAAUGCAUUAGCUGCCGUAUAAAUAGAUAGAAAAUGAACUAUUUACUAUCUCUCGCAGUGACUGUAGUAGAAAGAACCCCGAGAGAUUACUAUAAGGAAGCAUUACUGAGAUGAAAAAGUUAAUAGUCCGCUAUCAUGCUGUACUUUGCUGAGAUGGGGUCAUUUUAGUGCUUUUCACCGAGGACUGAAUGCUGCUGAUUUCCGUUUGUGCGCUGUUCCAUUAAAAAAAAACAGCCAAAAUAAUCGAAUUAUCCCCAAAACGAUAAUGGCUUCUAAAAAUGAAGCUAGGUUGCUAGCAUUGUUUAUUAUUAAAAUACUGUUUUGUGUCUUAGAAAUGACAUCCUAGAGAAUAAAACAAUUCUAACGCAAAUGCAA